AUGGAGAAGGGACUCGCCACACCCGUGCACAGCGCACCAGCCAAACCCGCGCGCAUGUUGUCUCCCUUGACCACGUGCUUAACCUACGCGGCCAGCGUCUGUGUGGGAAUCGCGCUGAGCACCAUGUCGACCCACUACGGGCUUUUGGGAGGGAAGAUUCUGCCGAAGAGGGUCCAUGAUCGUGUGGGGAGGCUGCCUGUUAUGGGCUACAACACUUGGAAUGCAUACCAUUGCAAUAUCAACGAAACCGUGCUCUUGCAGACCGCCGACUUAAUGACAUCUCUUGGAUUGGCUGUAUGGCCUUUGCUCGCCCAGCAACACUUCCUUUCGCUCACCACUGUGCAGGACUCCGGGUACAAGUACAUCAACAUCGACGACUGCUACUCGGAGAAGAAGAGAAAUGAAGCGGGAGACAUCGUCGCUGAUCCGAAACGCUUUCCCAGUGGUUUGCGGGCCUUCACAGACCAUGUCCACUCUCUCGGAUUGAAAGCCGGAAUUUAUAGCGAUGCUGGAUGGUUCACAUGCGCUCUCUACCCGGGCUCGUUCCAAAACGAAGAGCGGGACGUCAAGCGUUUCGGGGAGGAAUGGGGAUUCGACCUGCUCAAAUACGAUAACUGCGCUGUACCUUUCGACGAGAUUACACGCGAGAACAUCUACGGGCGUUACAAACGCAUGUCCGACGCUAUCGCAGCGCAAUCUGAGGCAAGCGGCAAACUGCCCUUGGAGCUAGCGUUAUGCGAAUGGGGCAGGGUCAGCGCCACCUUCUCUCGUUCUUCAAAACUGACUGCCGACAAGGAGCAGCCCUGGCUUUGGGCAAGGACGCUUGGCUCCAGCUGGCGCACUACAACGGAUAUCACUCCGAACUGGAAGUCGGUCGCGAAUAUUAUCAACCAAAACUCUUUUAUCUCAUGGGCGAGUGACUUUUACGGGCACGGGGAUAUGGAUAUGCUUGAAGUCGGGAACGGCGAUCUCACUUAUGAAGAGGCCAAGACGCAUUUCACGGUUUGGGCCUUGCUCAAAUCACCCUUACUUAUUGGAACCCAUCUUGCCGACAUCUCCGACGAGACACUGUCUAUUCUCAAGAACGAGGAAAUCAUAGCAAUCAACCAAGACCCAGUUGUGGGGACUGCUUUGGUUCCAUUCCGCUGGGGACUCAACCCUAAUUGGACUCCGAAUGCGACUCAUCCAGCACAAUAUUGGAGCGGGCAGAGCGAGAAUGGGACAGUUUUCAUGCUGAUUAAUACGCUCAAUGAAGAGGCGGAUAUGUUCUUCAAUCUUACGGAGUCGCCAUGGAUUAGGGCGGGGAGACAGUACUCGGUUCGCGACUUAUGGUCGCAUACCUUGAAUGGGACUGCGAUUAGAAAUAUCACAGCCUCUCGUGUUCCCGCCCACGGAGUGGUCGCCCUGUUACUGCAGGAUGCAGGGGAUGAGCCUGAGGGAAUGUUUCCCAAGUGUGCUGUCGGGGAAUGGUCCGAUUUCUUCGACGGACUAUUUUCGGGCAAGUCGCGGAUCCUGACGCGUCAGGCGGCCUCACGUGAGCGUGUCGUGUGA